AAAGAGAAAAAAAAAAAAAAAAAAAAAAAAAAGCAGCAAGAUACUGAAAGGAGGUGGCUCGCUUGGCCCGUAUGCCUGCAAUGGUAUGGUAGUCAGACAGUGGAUCAGACCACUCGAUCGUCUUUCCUCGACCGAUUGCGUCGUCCUCGACAGGGGAUAUACCACACCGCAGCCCCUCCCCAAGAUCUUGGAUGUGGUCGUUUUUGACAUUGCGUAUUGGAGUAGGGUUGCAAAUCGUCUCAACUCGUCCCCUUCCAUCUCGUCUAUUCCCUCGCCUCUGCAAAAUCCAACUCAUCCCAUCUCCUAGUUCCUGCGCCGCCCAUGGGCUCAGCCGGCCCAGGUACAACCGGCUCUGCUUCUGUUCGGCGUACCUCACAGUUGUCUGGCCCCGACCCUGCACCCUGUUCCUAUCGAACCAUAAUCCAUGACCGAGAUCGUUUGUCUCGUUCCAGCCACCGCAUCUUGUUCGGUGAAGUGGCAUGCAAUGCCCCCAUUUUGGGCGUCUCCAGGGUCCAUCCUGGUCCAUGAUUCUCAUGCUUGCCCAGGCCCGGUCUUCUUUCUUCUCCUUGGUUGUUUGGAUAUAUAUAUUUUUUCCCUUUAUUAUUAUUUUUUUCUUUACUAUACCGGACCUCAUUGCUUUAUGACGUUCGCCGCCCCAUUUACGUGCGGCUGGUCUUCUUCGACAAAGUUUCUUUUCAGACCUGUCGAAAAUCACAGCCAUCCUAAUAUUAUUACUUUCUCCGAUUUGUCUGCAGGAGAACAACCAAGAAGAAAAAGAAUAAGACAACAUCUACCGCGUUGAAUAAAUGGCACCUUGGUCCCUACCGAGCUGGACUUGGGGGGUUCGCCAGCCGCCUCUUGUCGCUGCUGCUCGUUGUUGUUGACAAACCAUCAUCGGACCCUUCGCUGUCAAGAUCAAAACGCGCAACACAACCGCCGGAAGAUGGAGGCCAGCCAAGGCCAGUAUGGCUAUCCACCUGUCCGAUCGGCAACAACGGUUACCGUCUCUUCAGACCAAGAUCUUGAGAAACAGCGGCAACUUGAUGAAUGGGAUGUGGCCAGGAAGAGUGCCCCUUCACCUUUUCUUGGGCCGGAGGGCAGGGCGCAGCCUGUCAUUGCAUUGUUCGCCCUGAUUUUGUUUUUUCUUGCCUCUGCAGCUGGCAUUACCUUCUUUGUCCUGGCGUUGGUGGGCGUCGUCAUUUCACGGGCUGCAGAGCUGCCCAGUCGUACCGUGGUCUUUGCAGCGUCGGUAGUCGGAGUCGUCUAUACCGUGAUACACUUGGCCGCUGCCAGGACCAGCUACAGGAAAAAGGAGCAUGGGUCACCGCAGAUAUAUGGCAACUACAAGCAUGCUAUGGGACUGUUGUUGGUGCGACUUAGCGUGCCUGUGUGGAUAACGGCAGUCGUCACGGCAGCUCUGGCCGUUGCCAACAUGGAAGACGCACUCAUGCGGUCCUUCAUGACAGACCCAAAACAAAUGUCCUACGUCAACCUGAUGGUAGCUGUUGUUGGAUUAGUGGCAAAUCUUUCUCUUCUCUUCUGUGUGGAGACUUCUAUGACGCCCUUUGCGACAUCAUUAAUCUCCAAGAAUGAGUUUCUUCAGCGUCGUGGUAAAACCUCGUCUAUGAUGUUCGCAGGUUAUGAGUUUGAGGAAGAAAAGAGCCGAGAACCACAACUACCUUUGACUGUCGGUCAGCCACAGCAGCAACAUCAACACCGUGUGCUGAAUAGCCACGAUCGUGUCAAUGGGUCAUGGCCUGUGCAGAGGAGUCGGUCAAAUGCAUCAAGUGUUUAUUCCACCCAGACGCAGCCGCGAGUUCCAGUCGUACCGAAUGGUGACCGUGAAUAUCCACGACCCGGAACUGCUAUCUCGACCGAUGUACCGGCAGAACCCUUGUGCGUCAGAACGAUCCCCUUUGCCGAUGGUGAAGAAGCCCGCCCGCCAGUUCACAUGUCGUGGCGGCCUCCAUCGCACCACGGCAAGCGAUCCAUCGACUACACCGUCCGCCCGAAGUCAGGCAUACCCCCGCCGCUCCCAGCUGCGGUCAGCACCACCGCAAGAGAGCCUGCAAUCCCCAGUCUUCCGGUGGCGAGUGAGCAUAGGUCGUACCCAUCCGUUCCAGGAUCUUCAUCUUCAUCGAGGACGGUCUGGGCCCCAAGUGCGACAGGACAUCAGAGGCAGAGAAGCGGCUCACGCGAAACAAACGGAAGGAGACCUGUCUCUCAGCACGUACCGAUGCCAGCAGCCCAGCUAUUGUCUCAAGUACCCCCAAUUCCGGUUCCUCCGAACCAACAAGACACGAGCACGACCUCUGGACCAAGUCCUCCGGUGUGCCGCGCCACGACAACGCCUAGCCCCAGGUCCAAGGCUUUGAGAUCUCAUCCGCCAUUUGAUGCUUGGCCAAACGACAAUGGCUACCCAAGCGUCAGGCCGUCAACUGCCCCGGGGCUACCAGCGUCCACGAUUGAGAACUGGGGAGUACCACAGCAUAGUGUUUCUGUCAAGAGGAAACCGGUGGGACAGGGCAGAACCAGUUUCGAGACAGACGGCCGUUCUGCGGUGGUUGAUGAUGAUUACAGUAGCUCAUGCUACGAGGAUGACGAUAGUGAUGUUCAGGACGAUGAAGAGACGGGCGCCCCAGCGGGAUUGGCCCGCGCUCUGUCGAGGACUCAGCGACGACUAUUGAAGGAGAAGGGUAAGGAACUGAAGCGCUCAAACACGGCCAACAACUUCUCGAGGCCAUUGCCACGAUCCAAAUCUCUUGUCAGCAUGAACCGCCGAUCAUUUUCAGAGCAUUCUCGGACUACGAAUACUGCCUUUACUUUCGACAGCGGCGAGGUCCGCUACAAGGAAUAAUCAGCCGGAGGCGGAUAGCUUGCGUACAUUGCCCAUACUUUGCAGAGCGCACCGCGUUUUAGCUUUCAUAUAUACUGCAACCCUGGUGGUCAGCACGACUUGACGACUAAAAACGAAUCUUCUCUAUCUCUUGUUGUGGAGGAUGCAGACCGAGAAAAGGGAGCAGGUCAUCUCCGUCACGUCUCUGCCUACAAUAACCUACUACUUUGGGCCGACAAUUGUCAAAUAACCAUUUUUAUACCAACCACGGUUUUCCAAACACGUGCAAAUUACUCUUGGAGCAUAUGGCCGUCAAUUAUAUAAUACGUAUAACUAAACUAAACAAACUCCAUUUGCAAACAUAAUGCUAGUUUUAUUUUUCAGUGGUCACUAGUACCAGUCCAAUACAUUUUUAUGAUAUUGCAAUCAAAAAAAUGGCGUUUCUUAAGAAAUGCCGAUAUUUGCU